CCUAAUCUUCGCGCAAAGAAGGCCUUUCUGGUUGAAGGCCAACCUCACCAGCUCUAGGACUGCUUCAUGUAGCAUACUGCGAUGAGCGCAAAGUACAAUCUUCACAUCGCUGCGCCGAUACCUGCACACCUCACGCCCGCAGAGGUCAUCGCCGUGCUCCAAGAUCACAGCACCACGCUCUCUCUCCAGGCCCUCACUACCAGGCACGAGAAGCUACCAAAUACCGCACCAGAUGUGCUAAAGGAUACAUACUGGUACCCGACCGACCUAAACCCAGUCGAAACAUACAGCGUUACCGAAUGCGUUACCGUCCUCCCUGGCGUAGGGCAGUGGGGCAGGAAGAACCUUACUUUCCCCAGCUGCUACCAGAACAUACCGACGGGCAUAAAGACGCGUGCAGAUGCGUCUGGUGUGACGAUCCGUGCCGAUUACCGUGUCAUAAAGGGUGGCGCAGAUGCUGAGAUUGACGGUGAGGGUCAGGGUAUCGGCGACACCGCGUGGGUGCUUGUUGAGGAUGUGCAAGCGAGCUGCUUGUGGUGGCUAAUGCCUUUUGUCAAGAGCAAGAUGGAACAAGCGCAUCGCGAUAUUUGUCGCAAGGUCAUCGAAAAGGUGGAGAUGCAGAGACGGCAAAACAACCUCGCGCAGUCUGUAGAAAGAGGGAAAAGGCUCUCGCGCGGGCAAGCAGCAAGUAAGAUUUUCUAUUGCUGAACGUUUCCUCGUACGCAUCGUCAAAGGACGCAUCGUGCCAAAUACUGCCCGAGACGGUACCUCUUACAUUCCCCUGCUGGAGGUCUUGCCAGAUCUGACUUGGCGGCUGCAACA